UUAAUUGGCACUAGGAAAGGGAUUUAAUUUGGUUGAGUUGCCCUGGUGAUUUGUAAUUCUGUGUUUACAAUGAUAUCAACCAAAGAAAUCAAUAAACAUGAUGCUCAACGAGAGUGUAACCAACAAUUUGAGAUUAAUGCUAAUAAUAAUUCAAUGUUGAAUGGUGUCAUGCAUAGUAAACAAUACAAUAUGAUGAAACAUAAACCAAAUGUAAAUGCAUUACAUCAAAUUGAAACUAUUCCAUCAUUGAUAGAUGAUAUCAUUAAUGGAUUAGAACAAUUCGAACUCAUUCCAUCUUAUUUUUGUCUUGAUUAUGAAGAUGAAAUUUAUUAUAGUGAAAUUGAUUACAAACUAGAUAGUUGAUGACGACGAUGGUGAUGAUGAUGAUGACGACGACGACGAUGAUGGUGAUGAUGUAAUAGAUGAAUAAAAACCAAAAAACAACUAUUAUUGAUUUCUUUUCCUGUAAAUUGUUUAAUAAAAUUAUCCUCAUUA